GUUGUAGACAGGUUAUCAUAAAAUGGCCAAGCGCACUAAAAAGGUUGGAAUCACUGGCAAAUAUGGCACACGUUACGGUGCCUCCCUCCGUAAGAUGGUGAAGAAAAUGGAGGUUACCCAGCACGCCAAAUACACCUGCUCCUUCUGUGGCAAGGAUGCAAUGAAGCGUUCGUGUGUCGGUAUCUGGUCAUGCAAGCGUUGCAAGAGGACAGUCGCUGGUGGCGCAUGGGUGUUCUCCACCACAGCUGCCUCUUCCUGCCGGUCAGCUGUGAGGAGAUUGCGCGAAGUCAAGUAAACAUCUGACUCUAGGUUAAUCCAAUAAACACAAAAGUAACAAAAUUAUUUUUGUUUUUCUUAUCACCAAUCAAUUUACUGAUUUGUUUUACUCAACUGAGGUUCAAAAGGAAAAUAAAAUGGAGGUGUUCACUUGCAAUGUGUUAAAUCACUGAGUU